CCGGCAAUUGCAGCUGCGAACACAUGGCGCGGGCAGCUGAUGGGGCUCUCUCUCUCUCUGCCCGCGAAAUCUGCCAUUGUCGACCCUGUAUGUGUAUGCCGCUUUCUUUGCGCUCCUGCCCUGUGUGCAAUUCACAUACAUACACGCGGUAAGUGAAUACAUACAUACAAGUAUAUCGCUGCGAAGUACAGUCGCCGCUAAUGGUGAAAACUGGCUGUGCGAAAAAAGGCAGAGAGAGCAAGAGAGAGGGCGGGCUGGGUGGCAACUCAAAAACUCCGCCGGUUGCACUUGGCAACAAGUCGACAAUCGACUCCGAUUGAGGGUCAAGGUCAGCGCUCGCGCAUCAGCUGCUGCUGCGCGCAUGUGUGACGUCGGAGGCGGAGGCUCGCGAAAGCUGUGCUCCAAGUCUCUGUUUAAGGAGCUGCAUGUGGUGACUGCACAUGUCGUUUGGCCAAAGAGGUGUGCCAGCUAAAGGGUAACAACUAAGAAUAUGGAGGAGAAUCCGCUGAGAUCCCUUGUAACACAGACCGCAUCCCAUAGCUGUUGUGAAUGCCCAGAGCAAGACCCUCUCCAAGUUGGUCCGGCAGAUGAAGGAUGGUUGCAAUAAGGAUGAGCAGCCCAAAGAAUCCACCCUGUGCGGUUUGAAUCCUUGUCUGAAGUGCCUGCAGCCUGACAUACUUUAUCAUCUGGGGCUAGACACGGAGACCACUGAUUUCCCCAAAGUGUUCGGCGAUGUGCGGUUCGUUUGCAUGGGGGGUACACCGGGGCGUAUGGAGAAUUUUGCCUACUACUUGAUGCAGGAGAUCGGCCUUAAGAUAAACGCGGCCACCAAACUGCGGGACAUGGCGGAGGCGGGCAAGCGAUUUGCCUUGUUCAAGGUGGGACCCGUGCUAUGUGCCAGCCACGGAAUGGGAUGUCCCUCGAUUUCCAUACUGCUGCACGAGCUCAUCAAGAUGAUGCACCACGCCAAGUGCCAGGAUCCCGUCUUCAUCCGGAUUGGAACCUGUGGUGGCAUUGGUGUCGAUCCCGGAACCGUGGUCAUCUCCUCCGAGGCGGUGGAUGGUCGGCUCAAUCCCGCCCACGAGAUCCUGGUACACGGCGUCAGUGUCCAACAUGCCAGCCAGUUGGACGAGGGUCUGGCCGAUGACAUCAAGUCGUGCCACGAUCCCAGCAAGGACAAUUAUGAAACCAUCAUCGGACGGACGAUGUGUACCCAUGAUUUCUACGAGGGUCAGUCUCGAUUGGAUGGCGCCUUUUGCGAGUACACACCCGAAAUGAAAAAGACCUACUUGGAGGAGCUUCAGAACCAGGGAGUGAAGAACAUCGAGAUGGAGAGUCUGGCUUUGGCCGCUCUUACCAGCAGGGCCAAUAUAAGGGCCGCAGUGGUCUGCGUGGCCAUAUUAAAUCGCCUCAAUGGAGAUCAGAUCAAAACGCCGCAUGAAAUUUUGGCAAAAUGGGAGAAGCGACCGCAGGUGCUAGUGGCCCGCUACAUACGCAAAGUUCUGUACUUCCACGAAAAUGAUUCCGACUGGGAAGAACCUGACGAGGAUGAGUGCGAAGGAGAAGCUCCAGAGAAGGGUGCGACUCCACAAGGCGGUGCUGGAGACACCCAAAACGCGCCCCCAGAGGAGGCUGAAUAAUAUACUUGGACUGGAAAUACUCAUUGUCGACUUGUGACUGCACCAACGAUUUCUUUAAGGGUGCUA